AUGAAGAAGAUAGAGUCGCCACUAGAUGUGCUAUCACGGGCCGCUACAAUGGUGCAGCCGUGCCCAGCCUACCCCGCCAGCGAUUCAGAUAGCUUUGAAACUCCGAGUACAGCGUCGAGCGGUGAGUCUGAGGGAGACCGCACUUUGUCGCCUGAAGCGCCGCGGGCGCAGUCCAAGGACCUUACUGGCGGGAAAUGGAGACGAGAGCGACGGUCUACGCGCUUGCCGGAAUAUAGACCGAAAGAGAAUGGUAAAAUGGCGUUACGGUCGCAGUCUUUCAACGAGCGGCGUAGCGUGGCUUCAGUGACGCGCGCGCAGCCCCACAGCGACGGGGAACUGUCCGAUGAAGUGGACGACGGUCCCGCAAACUUGGCUAUUAACGGCAAAGCUCCUCCCGAGUACCCCGGCGUAAAGAACGAAGCUCCCAUUGACAUGCGAUUGCGGUCGAAAGCCCCCCCUCCUUACAAUCGCCCUUCAGUCAUAAAAAGCAAUGAUUCCCCACCUGGAUCAAUGUCGAUGUGCGACCCGGUCAUAGACGAACAUUUCCGACGUUCCCUCGGGGAUGAUUACAUGAAUUUGUUUAAAAAGAACGCAGUCACAGAAACCUCUCAACCAGGUCCGAAACCAAACACAAAAGACCGGGCGAGUAGUCCCAUACAAUUUAAAACAGACAUUUUAGAACCGAAACCGACUAAAAUCAUUGCGAUGGACGUCGACGAUGCAAGCCUUUCAGUAGAUGACCACUUCGCAAAAGCACUGGGAGACACUUGGCGGCAAAUACAAACGUCCAGAUUAAAAGACGACAAAACAACUAAAGUUGACGACCAUUUUAGCAAAGCUUUGGGCGAAACAUGGAAGAAAAUUCAAACCUCCAAAAUUAAUAUCGAUAAUGAAAAACCUAAAGACCAAACGAAAAUAAUCACAAGAAGUGGCGUCGUCAUA